GGUGGCCCUGGUGGGGGUGUGUUCUUGUCUUGCAAUGCCGUCAUGAAAGAAAUGCUGUCUUCCCUUACUAAUCCAUCAGAAUUCCCGUUGUUAGCUCUUUCCAGAGCGGCAGGUUUGUGACAGGCGUGUUGUGACAAAGUGCCACGAAGUUGACUGAAGGAGACACUAGGCUGCUUGUUUUGGUUGAGGUAGAUAUAAUGAUUGUGGGGAUACACCGACUAGGCGUGAAGUGACUCACAACAUCCGCGGAGUGUCCGUACCUACCCUCUGGGGUACUGGCAUCUUUUCCUGAACAUCAAGAGUUCUGAGAAGCUUUUCAUCGAACCCGCCAGAGACCAGGACUACCCUCUAUCCCAAAAAUACAAAAUGACAACCAAAACCGCCCUCUUUGUAAUCGACAUCCAAAACGAUCUCACGACAGAUCCCAAGACUCGAAUCCCUCACGCAGACCGCAUCAGAACAGCGGGCACCAAGAUCCUCUCCGUUGCCCGAGCACGCUUGGACAAGAACAGUCCAUCAUCCACCCACCACACGGAUGUCCCGCCCCCAGCCCUGAUCGUCUUCGUACAGCACGAAGAGAGGCCCGAGGACGGCCCGCUCGUCCGAGGCAGUGAGGCCUGGAAGCUGGUGUUUGAGCCACGAGCGGACGCACCGUACUAUGAGCGCCUCGUUGGCAAAUACACGCGGGACACAUUCCAAUCCAACCCGUCCCUCGCCUCCGAGCUCAAGGAACAACACGGCAUCCAACAGAUCGUGGCCUUCGGCAUCCAGAGCGAGUGCUGUGUCGAAGCGACGUGUGCGGGUGCGCUCGCUGCUGGGUUUGGCGUCACGCUUCUGAGCGGGGCGCACUCGACUUAUGAUGAUGUUCCUCAGGGGCCGGAUGGGAGUGUGAGUAAGACUGCGGUGGAGAUUGAGAGGGAGGUGGAGGAACGGCUGAAGCGGAAGGGGGCGAGGGUCGUGGCCUGGGAGGAUGUUGUUGCCGAGUGGGAGAGGGACGUUUGUUAG